AUGGCGGUAAGUCACAAGAAAUUCAAUGAAGUGAUGACUCAUAAUAAGAUGCUUGAAAACCCAAUUUAUCAACUUGCUAAUGCUUUGAAAGAAAAUGUUAUUCCUUCUUCUUUACCUUCCCAAGGCUUAGAUCCCAAGAGACCCAUGAAUGCUAUUGUUACAAGGACUGGUAAGGUUCUUGAGGAGAGUUUUCCUAAGAAUAAUAGAACUACGGAGGGUCCUAAGGAGGUCUUGGUAGAGGAUGAGAGAAAUGGUGCAUCUUUAAGUGAGGUUGUGAUUGAGACACCUAGAGAAGUGAGAGUGGAGAGAGAAAUUUUGAAACCCAAGCUUCCAUAUCAACAAAAAUUCAUGAGACAUAAGUUGGAUGAACAAUUUGGAAGAUUUAUUGACAUACUUAAGCAACUUCAUUUUUCUCUACCUUUUACCAAAGUUGUUACCCAAAUGCCUAACUAUAAAAAAUUCCUCAAAGACAUUUUGAGUUGUAGGAGGUCUUGUGAUGUGGUGGAGACGGUCAACUUGGCCGAGAUUUGUAGUGCAAUUAUAAUGAACAAGAUGCUACCCAAGUUGAAAGAUCUCGGAAACUUCUCUAUCCCUUGUGCCAUUAACAAGAUGCAAAUUGAUAAUACCUUAUGUGACUUAGGAGCUAGUGUUAGCUUAAUGCCAUAUUUGGUUUAUCAAAGACUUGAGUUAGGGGAACUUAUGCCUUCUAAGAUUACCUUGCAAUUUGCCGAUAGGUCAAUUAAGAUUCCCAAGGGAAUGGUUGAGGAUGUUCUUUUGAGAGUAGGGAAGUUUGUAAUUCCGGCAGAUUUUGUGGUGCUUGAAAUGGAUGAAGAUGCUACCAUUCCCAUUAUUCUUGGUAGACCUUUUCUUUUUACGUCGGGUGCUAUGAUUGAUGUUAAGAGUGCAAAAUUUUCACUCAAGGUAGGAGAUAAGGAUAUUGAAUUUGACUUGAAUGAAAGCAUGAAAUAUCCAUGUUCUUCUAUAGAAAAUUGCAUGUUGAUUGAUUCUCUUGAUCUUGUUGUAUCUUCCAUGCAUGAUCACUUGCUCACUUCUAAUGAUCCUCUUGAGAAUGUCUUGUUGAAUAAGGAUAAGAUAGGUUCUCCUAUCAAGGAAGUGGCAAUGUAUGAAGAUUUGCUAAAUGGAAGCGUUGAGGAAGUGGAUGAGCAUAUAUGCAUGAAUAUCUCAAGCCAAGAAGCUUUGCAAGCCGCCACUUUAAAGGAAGCUAAAGGUGUACCAAUGGUUGAGCUCAAAACUCUUACAUCACACCUUAGGUAUGAAUUCUUGGGACCCAACUCUACUUUCUCCGUGAUUGUUAGCUCUUCUUUGAGUAAGAACCAAGCUCAAAAGUUAUGUGAUGUUUUGAGGAAGCAUCAAGGUGCUUUGGGAUAUUCCAUUGAUGACCUCAAAGGUAUAAGCCCCGCUUUUUGUACACAUCACAUAACUAUUGAGGAGGGUACUCUUCCAUCAAUUGAGAGGCAAAGAAAGAUACAUCCCCAAAUGGGAGAGGUAGUGAAGAAGGAGAUCACCAAACUUUUAGAUGCGGUAAUUAUAUUUCCCAUUUCUAAUUCUAGGUGGGUUUCUCCCAUUCACGUUCUCCCAAAGAAGGGAGGUAUGACCGUCGUUGAGAAUGAGAAAGGAAUAGUACUCGGGCUCAAAAUUUCUCACAAAGACAUAGAGGUGGACAAGGCAAAGAUUGAAGUUAUUGAAAAACUGCCACCUCCGAUCAAUGUGAAAGGUGUGAGGUCAUUUUUGGGCCAUAUCGGAUUCUAUAGAAGAUUUAUCAAAGACUUUUCCCUCAUUGCAAAGCCCUUCAAUGAUCUUCUUCAAAAAGAUGUUGAGUUUGCAUUUGAUGACAAAUGUUUGGAGGCAUUCAAAAAGUUGAAGAAGGCUCCAAUGUCUACUCCUAUUGUUCAAGCUCCAAGAUGGGAUUUACCAUUAGAGUUGAUGUGUGAUGUUAGUGAUUCGGCAAUAGGAGGUGUCUUGGGUCAAAGAGAUUACAAGAAGCUUCAUGUGAUCUAUUAUAUUUCCAAGACUCUUAAUGGAGCUCAACGGAAUAACACUACAAUGGAGAAGGAAUACUUGGCUAUAGUUCAUGCUUUUGAGAAGUUCCAUUGUUAUCUAUUAAGUUCCAAAACCAUAAUCUUCACGGAUCAUGAGGCUCUCAAAUAUCUUUUUACCAAGAAAGAGUCAAAGUCAAGGUCAAUACGGUGGGUUCUUAAGCUCAAAACCUUCGACAUUGAGAUUAGGGAUAAAAGAGGAGCAGAGAAUAUUGUGGCGGACCAUCUUUCUCGUCUAGAUGAUUCUCAGAUUCAUGAUGAUGGUUCUCCAAUUGAGGAUAAUAUGCUUGAUGAUUUCCUAUAUGCUAUUUAA